AAUUCCAACGGACAAGCAGGUGAUGUUGGCAACAAACACUACAAAUGCUAUUUGGGAAACUGCAAGGUCCUUACCAUCAUGCGUGCGAUGAAAAGCAGUCUGAAUGGUUUGAUCGGUCAUCUGAAGACUCAUUUUCCACCAAUGUAUCGACUAUAUCUGCUCUUGAAGUCUCAUGGGACCCCACCUACCAACGACGAACUCAGGAUAGCAUGGGGAGAGAAGGUUCUCAAUCCUGCCGCAGCUGCGCAAUAUUUGGUCCAGCUUGAGCAAGCAUCAGUAAACAUUUUCGAUGCAUUCAACAAGCAGGUUACCAAAGCUUUUGGCGACUGGAACCAAGCAAGGUUUGAAGAGCUGCUCGCACAGUGGCUUGUGGCGUGUGACCAGCCGUUUGAGGAGGUAGAA